GAGAUUUCGCGGACUGCAGGUUCCCUGUUGCUUUAAGCAGUGCGUUUUUUUGUCCGACAGGAGGCGUGUCUUCUCCACAUCCCGACCGCUUUGAGCCGCGAGUCUGUAGGACCGAUUCGGCUCUGCUAUUGGAACAAAUGAAGUACUUUCUCCGGCGCUUUUAACAGUUCACAGCUCAUUCUGCAUAGCUAAUCGAAGACUGCCCGUGGAUGGAUUUCUCUCGGAUUUGCACAGACUAACAUGGAUGCCCCACCGUUCCUUGAAUCGGAAGGUUGUUUCUUGGCGCAGUGAGAGACGGAACAUGCAGGGAUUGCUAAUGGAUUUGGGAAGCAUAUGCCCUCCUCUCUAAAGUGACCAUGCCGUGAUCCUGCGCGUGGGCCGUCACCCUGCUUAACGUCAAUAGAAGAAUUUCGGGGAAUCUAACAAUACAGGGAAUAAACACUGUGCAUUAUACAAACAACAUGAAGAUUACCUCCCCAUUGAUAACUAAUGUGAGCUUCAGGUGCACCGUCAGGCUUCUUCUGCUGCUAUUACUAUGUGUGGGAUAUUCUCGCGGGAUGCCGCAUGUUUUAAGAUUUGGAGGAAUAUUUGAAUCCAUUGAAAGUGGUCCUUCAGGAGCUGAAGAGCUGGCCUUUAAAUUUGCUUUAAACACAAUCAACAGAAACAGAACCCUACUGCCAAACACAACGCUAACCUACGACAUACAGAGGAUAAACAUCUAUGAUAGCUUCGAAGCUUCGAGAAAAGCCUGUGAUCAGCUGUCCCUGGGUGUGGCGGCCAUCUUCGGUCCCUCCCACAGCUCCUCAGCCAACGCGGUCCAGUCUAUCUGCAACGCGCUGGGGGUGCCCCACAUCCAGACCAAAUGGAAGCACCAGGUCUCCGACAACAGGGACUCCUUCUAUGUCAGCCUGUACCCCGACUUCUCCUCCCUCAGCCGGGCCAUCCUGGACCUGGUGCACUUCUUCAAGUGGAAGACUGUCACUGUGGUUUACGAUGACAGCACAGGUCUCAUUCGGUUACAGGAGCUCAUUAAGGCUCCAUCUCGUUACAACAUUCGGUUGAAAAUCCGUCAGCUGCCGGCAGAGACGAAAGACGCCAAGCCCCUGCUGAAGGAGAUGAAACGGGGGAAGGAGUUCCACGUGAUCUUUGACUGCGGACACGAGAUGGCCGCCGGGAUCCUCAAGCAGGCCCUUGCCAUGGGGAUGAUGACUGAAUACUACCACUACAUCUUCACAACGCUGGACCUCUUUGCCCUAGAUGUGGAGCCGUACCGCUACAGCGGGGUGAACAUGACGGGCUUCCGAAUCCUCAACACCGAGAACACCCAGGUGUCCUCCAUCAUUGAAAAAUGGUCCAUGGAGCGACUGCAGGCGCCACCCAAGCCGGAUUCGGGCCUCCUGGACGGAUUUAUGACGACGGACGCUGCUCUGAUGUACGACGCGGUGCACGUGGUCGCUGUCGCGGUCCAGCAGUCCCCACAGAUCACGGUCAGCUCCUUACAGUGCAACCGGCACAAGCCCUGGCGCUUUGGCAACCGCUUCAUGACCCUCAUCAAAGAGGCGCAUUGGGAUGGGCUGACCGGACGGAUAACUUUCAACAAAACCAACGGCCUCCGGACGGAUUUCGAUCUCGACGUGAUCAGCCUGAAGGAGGAGGGACUGGAGAAGAUAGGAACGUGGGACCCGCCGAGCGGACUGAACAUGACCGAGAACCAGAAGGGCAAGACGUCCAACGUCACAGACUCCCUCUCUAACAGGUCCCUGGUCGUCUCCACCAUUCUGGAGGAGCCAUACGUGAUGUUCAAGAAGUCGGACAAGCCCCUGUACGGGAACGACCGCUUCGAGGGCUACUGCAUCGACCUCCUGAGAGAGCUGGCCAACAUCCUGGGCUUCACCUAUGAGAUCCGGCUGGUGGAGGACGGCAAGUACGGAGCGCAGGAGGAGACCACGGGCCAGUGGAACGGCAUGGUCAAGGAGCUCAUGGACCACAAAGCUGAUCUUGCAGUGGCUCCCCUGGCCAUCACUUACGUGCGGGAGAAAGUCAUCGACUUUUCCAAGCCCUUCAUGACGCUGGGGAUAAGUAUUCUGUACCGCAAGCCCAACGGCACCAACCCCGGGGUGUUCUCCUUCCUCAACCCGCUCUCGCCUGAUAUCUGGAUGUAUAUUCUGCUGGCUUACUUGGGUGUCAGUUGUGUGCUGUUUGUCAUAGCCAGGUUUAGUCCCUAUGAGUGGUAUAACCCUCAUCCAUGCAAUCCCGACUCGGACGUGGUGGAAAACAAUUUCACCUUGCUAAAUAGUUUCUGGUUCGGAGUUGGAGCUCUCAUGCAGCAAGGUUCUGAGCUCAUGCCCAAAGCUCUUUCCACCAGGAUUGUAGGCGGGAUAUGGUGGUUUUUCACCCUCAUCAUCAUCUCCUCUUACACCGCCAACCUCGCCGCGUUCCUCACCGUGGAGCGCAUGGAGUCGCCCAUUGACUCCGCUGACGACCUCGCCAAGCAGACCAAGAUCGAGUACGGUGUGGUGGAGGAUGGCUCUACCAUGACGUUCUUCAAGAAAACAAAGAUCUCGACGUACGACAAGAUGUGGGAGUUCAUGAGCAGCCGCCGGCACUCGGUGAUGGUGAAGAAUGUGGAGGAGGGCAUCCAGCGUGUGCUGACCUCCGACUACGCCUUCCUGAUGGAGUCCACCACCAUCGAGUUCGUCACCCAGCGCAACUGCAACCUGACGCAGAUCGGCGGCCUCAUCGACUCCAAGGCCUACGGCGUGGGCACGCCCAUGGGCUCUCCGUACCGGGACAAGAUCACCAUCGCCAUCCUGCAGCUACAGGAGGAGGGCAAGCUGCACAUGAUGAAGGAGAAGUGGUGGCGAGGCAACGGCUGCCCCGAAGAGGAGAGCAAGGAGGCCAGCGCCCUGGGUGUGCAGAACAUCGGCGGGAUCUUUAUCGUGCUGGCCGCUGGCCUGGUGCUCUCUGUGUUUGUGGCAGUGGGGGAGUUCUUGUAUAAGUCCAAACAAAACGCACAACUCGAAAAGAGGUCCUUCUGUAGCGCCAUGGUGGAGGAGCUGAGGGUGUCACUGAAGUGCCAACGCCGACUCAAACACAAGCCACAAGCCCCCGUCAUGGUCAAAACCGAGGAGGUCAUCAACAUGCAUACGUUCAAUGACAGAAGACUGCCGGGGAAGGAAACCAUGGCAUAAAC